UUUUCUUUCUUUCUUUCUUUAUUUAUUUUCUAUUCAUUAAAUUAAUGAGUGAUUUUGAUAUAACAAAUAUUCGAGGAAAGGAUUCCUUUCUUGCUUCCUUAAAAAAACGCAAGUAGAAAAGCUUCAAUUAGCGUUAGUUUAUUACGUAUACACAUAUUUAUCAACGUCUUUUAUAAUUAUUAUUUACUAUAUACAGGGAAAGCACUCGGCUUGUCAGAGUCUGAUUCUGAUUCUGAAGAAGAAAAUAGAGUAUCGAAUAAAAGAUCCAAAAAUAACAAGUUAUUUGGGCUAGAUCUAUUAGAUGAUGAUGAAGUGGAUAAUGAUCGAUUAGGACAGAAUGAUCAUGAUGCAAUGUCAAAUGAGUCUAUCAAUAAUAGCAGCAAUACAGAUACACUAACGUUAAUACUGGAUGAUAACGAACUUACAUCUUUACCAUCGCAACAACAACAACAACAACAAGAAGAAGAAGAAACAAAAACAAAUCUUAAUCCUUUCCUUUCUCAAACAUCAGAGCUUGAAUAUCUAGAAGUCAUAUCCGAACCGUCUUUUACACAAUCGUUAUUAAAAAACAACCAUGAUAGAGCUAGUCCUUUAGCAUCCACUUCAAAAAAAGUAACAACUAAAAUAGACAAAAAUAUUCCUGUAAUUGAUUUGUCUGACGAUGAAAACAAUGAGGAAUUUAAUAUACCAGAUGCAGAUAUUGACGAUCUAGAUCCUGAUUUAGCUGCAAUAAUGUCAAAUAAUUCAACACUUUCUUCUUCUUCACCAGCUGUGGAUGAAAGUCAGCCACAAAAGAUAUAUCUUAAAAUUCAAUAUGAAGUACCCAAUCUUGAUACAUUAAGUGAAUUAGCGAAAUCAGAAGUGCUGAAGAGAUUAAAGCCUGUUAAAAUGUUAAUUCUGGAUAAUCUUCAAUUCGGUAAAGUUUUAGAUAGCUUUUGUAAGCAUCGAAAUUUAAUAAAGACAGAUAUGGUUCUUGUAUAUAAUGGUGAACGUGUUUACCCAAGCGCAACACCAGCAGGUAUAGGUAUGAGCGUGACUAAAACAAACUCUAUGUUUGUUUACCCCAUGAGUAGCUAUGCUUAUUUAUUAGAGAAAAGGCAGCAAGAAAAAGAAGAAAAGAUGAAACAAUUAGCAAUACAAAAAGAAGAUGACAUAUUUGAUCUAGCCAAGUUUGAGUCCUUUAAUGAAAAUAAAGCAAAUGAUGACAAUAAUGAAAACAAAUUAGUUCUUACGUUAAGAGGAAAUGACAAUGAUGUUCGAUCUUUCCGAGCAAGACCUACCACUCGUUUACAAACCAUCAUUUUAGAUUAUAAACAGUUGAAAGGAAUCACAGCAGAUAUUAAAUUAUCUUUUGAAGGUGAAAUAUUAGAUCCUAAUUUGACUAUUGAGGAAACAGAAUUAGAGGAUGAAGAUCUUAUUGAAGUUAUUACUUAAUAAAUAUAUUAUUUAUUAAGAAUGUAAAUG